AUGGCUAAAGCCUUUGACAAAGUACCUCAUGAAAAAUUCAUUUGUAAACUCGAGAUGUACGGUAUACGAAAUCCCUUAGUAAAUUGGUUUCAAGAUUACUUAACAGGCAGAAGACACAGAAUAAUAAUUGAUGACGUAAGUUCAGAUUGGAAAGAAGUUCUUCGGGAGUACCGCAAGGCUCAAUUUUGGGACCGACUUUAUUCAUAAUAUACAUCAACGACAUAUCACAGAAUUUAUCAGAACAUACUCGGCUCCCACUUUAUGCGGAUGAUGCUAAAUGUUAUAAAAAUAUUAAGUCUGCAGCAGAUCAACAUACUCUACAAGACGACUUGCUUGUCUUGAUGGAUUGUUGCAUUAAAUGGGACAUGGAAUUUAAUAGCGACAAAUAUAAGUUGCUUACUAUUACCAGGAAACGUAAUUUUAACAGUUUUACUUAUAAUCUUGGGAAUGGUCACGUGCCUAUGACAGAAAUGGAGAAUGAUCUAGGAGUAAUAAUGCAUCAUAAACGAAUGUGGAGAGAUCACAUCUUCAGCAAGGUAAACACGGCAAACAAAAUCUUAAGACUGAUUAAACGAACUGUUCGUGGAACAUCCAAUAAAGAUGUAAUUAAGGAAUUAUACGUUCAUAUGGUCCGACCACAUUUAGAAUACAUAUGUGAAGUAUGGUCUCCGCACCAAGAAUAUCUGAAAGACCUAAUAGAAGCAGUACAACGCCGUGCUACCAGGCAAAUGAUUAAAAACAAGUCAUACAUGGACAGAUUUAAGGAACUGAAGCUAUUAACUCUAGCAUCUCGAAGCCGAGAACUUACUAGAUCGAUCUAA